AUGACAUCCUACCUGUUCGCACAAUUCAUGUCGCGGCGAGCCAGUGACGUCAUGCGGGUUUUCUUUGUGCGGGAAAUGUGGGUCGGGGCAGCCGCGGAACCUCUAGCUCCGCUACAAGCUGCGAAAACGGGAAUCAGGAGAUUGCACCAAUCAGUGACAUCAGCGACGCCCUUAUCCCCCUCCUCUUCAUCAUCGCGCCGUUUCUCUUGGUUCUUGCCCGCUCUCGCCGGCGCACUGGCAGGCGGAGCGACGGCGGUAGCUGCGCUUCAUUCCCCUCAUGCGGAAGCGCCUUCCCGUCUUCCACUUCCAUCCGCUCAAUUCGCGCGAUCCGCUAUUCCCUUGUCCGCCUCUCCUUUCAACAGUUCACUCGAUUCCGCGCCCGCAUAUUCCACCCACCCCUCCCGGCCGUUAUCUCCGCUUGAAGCUACUGUCUCGCCUCGCGCAGGAUUCAUCCCGCGCUUGGUUCUCACCGCCGAUGCUUCCCCAACGGCUAUCCCCUUCCCCGGCCCCGACUCCCCGCCUUUGCCCGCGCCCUCCCCGCAUGGAUCCCUUCCCGCUCCCCGCAGCGUGGUUGAGGGGAUCAAACGGCUGCUCCCGGGGGAAGGGGAACCUGGGGGAAAGGCGGAGGCGCAGGGGGAAGGGGGGAAAGGGGUUAAGGAUGGGGACGGAGAGUGGACGAAGGAAGUUGAGAGAGGGAAACAGGGGGGGAGUGGGGUAGGGGUAAUGGCAGGGACGGGGCAGGGGGAGGCGGAUGCGAGGGAAAAAGGGGAUGCGGAUAGUGGUGGUGUGACGUGUGGGCGGGAUUGUUUGUCACGACAUGCCAUUGCUGACGCGGCUGCAAGGGCAGCGCCUGCUGUGGUCAAUCUGACAGUCAGUGUGGGCAGGGGCAUGUUCAGCGGGCAGGCGAUGGGGUCGGGCGCCAUAAUCCGCGCGGACGGGCUCAUUCUCACCAACGCUCACGUGGUGGCGGAGAUGGUCGACCCCUCCGCCUCCUCCGCGCCCUACUGGAGCUCCCGCGCCACGGUGAGUGAUGCUGUGGGGGGGGGCGCUCUGGGGGCACGGGGUGCUGGGGCGAAGGUAAGGAGAGCUACUGUGGCCGAGAUGGUCGACCCCUCCGCCUCCUCCGCGCCCUACUGGAGCUCCCGCGCCACGCUGCAGGUGACGCUGCAGGACGGACGCACGUUUGACGGCCACGUGCUGAGCUUUGACUCGCUCUCUGACAUCGCCCUCGUCAAGGUGUCGGCGCCGUCGCCGCUGCCGGUGGUGAAGCUAGGGUCGUCCAAGGCACUGCGCCCGGGGGACUGGGUGGUGGCGCUGGGGUCGCCGCUGCACCUCUCCAACACCGUCACUGCUGGCAUCGUCAGUUGUGUGGAUCGCAAGGGCACAGAGCUGGGACUGAGAGGAGGGCGAAUGGAUUACAUUCAAACAGACGCAGCCAUCAAUGCGGGCAACAGCGGGGGUCCGCUGGUGAAUCUGGACGGGGAGGUGGUGGGCAUCAACAACAUGAAGGCACUGGCAGCUGAUGGGGUCAGCUUCGCCAUCCCCAUUGACUCCGCUGUUCACAUCCUCGACCAGCUCUCCCGCCACGGGCGAGUGGUGAGGCCAUUCGUGGGCAUCAAGAUGUUGGAGCUGAACGCGUCCAUUGCAGCCCAGCUGAGGGACAGAGACCCCUCCUUCCCCCCGGUCGAUGCUGGCAUCCUCGUCCCCCAGGUUAUUCCUGGCUCACCUGCAGCCAGGGGAGGGCUGCAGCCAGGUGAUGUGAUAGUGGAGUUUGCCGGGCAGCCAGUGACCUCCUCCCGCCAGGUGCUGGACUUGCUGGGAGACAAGGUGGGCGUCAAGGUGCCCCUGGUCGUCAAGAGAGCCAAUGGGAAGACAGUCACUCUCACAAUUGUCACUGAAGAGGCCACACCUGACAUGUGA